AUGGGUUUCAUUGCUGGCUUUGUCGGUGGACUCGCGCUCAGCUACGCUGUCAUCCAACUGACAGUGCUGAAACAGCUUUCCGACAGACAGCGGCAGCAGGAUCUUCUCCGGGAGCAAAUUGACGCUCUGAAUAACAUGUCCAUGCCAGCCACGAUGCGCUACAGUGUUCGAGACGAGGUGGACUAUGCUGCGGCACUUGCAAGACGAGGCUACGGACCGCCCCAGGGACCUACGGUGGUUGAUACAUGGAAGAUGAGAUGGAACGAAGAAGUCAAAUCGAUGGCACAGAGCAUCCACGAGUUCAGCUGGGAGGAUUUAAGAGAGAUGUUCAGAAAGACGCGUGGAGGAUAG